AAACAUCAAACUUAAGCGGAAAAUGAAUUUAGUUUGUCCGAAGCCAAAAAAAAACGAUGAUUUCAAAAAUGUUUGCGCCAAGAGCAUAAAAUAAAACAUGACAACGUUGUAAUAGUUACUCCCAAGUACAUAUGUACAUACAGAUGUAUGUAUGCAACUGCCGCACUAACGGCAACGGUUGAAUCAACACUAGUAACAAAUUUAACAGCUGUCAAAUUGAGUGCAUUGCUAAGCUAGUAAAAAUAAAAAACAAAAUAUGUAUGUAUGUUGCCAGAGCACACAAUUGGCCCGACUGCUGAACACAUCAAAUAACAACAAUAAAAGAGGCAACAAAUUUGUUUAAUAAAAAAAGUUAACGUCUAAACACAGCAGAAAUUUUCAAAAAGUGCAACAAAUAAGUAAAAGAAGUGGCACUACACAGCUACGACUUGAAGUGGCAGCCGCCUUUAUUUCGUUCGCCUUUAAACUCUUGCGCCCGUUUUUUUGCUUUUGAUAUUAGUUAUACAAAAAUUUUGCAGCAUUUCGCCACCACUGAAGACACCGGAGCCUUUGCAAGUGAGGGCAACACCUUGCAACAAUAAGGGUGUUGCACGUUGCCGCUCAGGCAAAACAACUCACCAACUAAUAGCGAAGCACUGCAGACAAUAAGCGCCAGACAGCAAAUAGCUGACUGCUUGGCCUCUAGCGCCAAUACAAAUAAUAACAACAUGACAACAGCAACAACACAAGCUGAUAUCAAUACAAACACCACAACCGCCAACGAAGUUGCUGGUCACGUUGCAAGCGCUGGUGGUGGUGGUGGUGGUGGUGGUGGCGGCACCGUCAUCGGCAGCGUCGUUGGUGCUGAUGUUGACAAUGGCUUGGGCUCGCCGCUGACAACGUCCAUUAGAAACUCGAAUGGUCUCACAAACCACACCAAUAAUUUCUAUAGCAAUUCAUCGAAUUCAAAUUCAAAUAUUGGCAAUAAUGGCAGCACUACACCAACAACAACAAACAACAACAAUCAGCGUGCUAUGAAUGAAACGAACAAGCGUAAAAAACUUAAAUCACGCACAGCUACAGUACCUAGUAGUAGCGGUCAAGGUCAUGGGCAUGGUGAUGGCUAUAUGAAGGAUCACUUGGAUGCCUGGCUGGAGACUUGUCUGAAGGAUGCCUCUAAUACACAAUUAUCCUCCUCAUCGGAAUUUUUAGAUUAUAAUCCGACACCAACGAGCACUGGAGGGUGUGGUGGCGGGAGCGGUAACGCUGGUGGUGUGAUAAAUCCACAAAAAUUUAUACAACAACAAAUGCAACAGCGACACCAGCACCAACACCAACAUCAAAAUAGUCAGCAGCAUCAGCAACAGAAUCAAGCAUAUCUUUCCAACAAUAGUUUAAAUAACGCGAAUCAGCCGUCGCAAUUUUCUUAUGCACAACAGCAACAACAACAACAACAACAAAACUUAUCUCACCAGCAGCAGCAGCAGCACCACCAACAUUCACGCCAACAACAAUUUGGUUUGCCAGUGGGGCCAGUGUCAUUUGCUGGCGGCUACACGGGCGGCGGUGGCAGUGGCCCCUUCAGCCAAGGUUUUCAACGUAAUGUGCCAAAUUACAUGAAACACUCCAACUACAACAAUCGCUAUUCCAUGAUGUUCCCGCAUAGUGGCAUGGGUCCUGGAAUCGGUGGAUACUAUCAACAAAGCGAUGGCCAAGAUUUUGCCAGCCUGCCGCCCAUUGUGAAUAUGAUGGGUGGCUCAUCGGAAUUGGAGAAUAAUUCAACAGAUGUACUCGAUGGCAGUGGUAGUAAUCCCAACAUGAGUCGAGGUUUCCGUUUCAGCGAUCCCUGUCUAUUGAAUCCCUCCGAUAAUGAUUCGAAAGUGAGUGGCCAAAAUACACCCGAUCAACGCAAUCCGCAGCUAUCCAGCGAUUCAGAGAAUAAUAAAUUCUUUGCCGCUUUGAUGGAACAAAUUAAUUUAUUGCACGAAACAAAUACGAAAAUUUGUCGAAAUCUACACGAAACAAAAGUUGAUAUUGAAGCUUUAAAGCACGCACCCAAUUGGGGUUUGAGACACCGUAGAGAUAGCUUGAGUGGAUUAAGUACACACAGCCAACCCAUGGUAUUUGGCGGUGGAUUUGGUGGUAUGCAAAGUCCAGCGCCAACUUAUCAUUCAGGCGCCUACACACCCGGCAUGAUGACCGAUGUGGUACGUGAAGUGAAGGAAGCGGCACGCGUGCGCGAAGAUGCGCUACUUAAUCGGGUUAAAGCGAUGGUCGAAGAACGGCAGUGGGCAUUUAAUGAAAGCAAUUUGCGCAUGAUGCGCGACAUUGAGGAGCUCAAGUCUAAAGUUCAUCACAUGCGUGCCGAUCGUAAAGACGCCAACAAACGCAUUACUCAUCUCGAAGCGGAGAACAAGUAUAUGCGACAAAUGCUGAGCAACCUCUUCAAUCAACGCAAUACGCCCGAUGUGAUCUAUGAGAAUGAGACGUUGCGCACACAACGCAAAUCCUUUCCAACCGCGCCAGCACGUCGCUCACAGUCGAUGAAUCUGCAUUACGGCACCAUACACCAUCAACCGCCGACCGUAGCGCUCACAGUGGAUGAGCAGGACGAGCGACUGCAUAUCGUCGAAGCAGCUACACCACGUGCCGCCGACAUGGUGACCGUAAGUGAUAGACGCGCAGCAGAAUUGCGCAGCUCAUUCUCAAGCUCGGACGGUGGUGGUAGCAUAGGAGCGGGUAGUCCAGGUGCAGGUGCAGGUGCUGGUGGUGGUGGUGGUGGUGGCGGUGGCGGUGCGGUACGUAACAAUGGUGCCGUCAGUGGUAUAGGCAUUUGUACAGUAACUCCCUUGCCUAAUGGUAAUACUACUAUUGCAUCCAGUCAACAACUUAUGUCGCCGCCUAAUUUUGCAUUAAUAUCAACGUCCGUCGAAGAGGAGAUGGAAGUGAAACAGCGAAAAAAGAAGGGCAAGAAGCUGCCUAACGUUGCUGGUAGUUCGAAGCGAAACGGUGACACUCAACGCUCUGGUGAUGAUGAUGAUGAUGACGAUGGCGGUCAUGUUGUUGAUGAUGAUGAUGAUCGCGAUGCUGAUGGCGAAGGCAAACUGUCGACAAAGGAGCUGCAGCAGGAACUACAGGACGCGGUGGCAGCGCGUAAGGAGGCCGAUAAUCGUGUCAUUGCGCUUGAGAAUAUGGUAAGAACACAACAUCUGAAUUCCAAAAAAGCCAACAACACCAUAACCAACCAACCAACAAUCCAUCCAUUCGCGGCGUCAGUUGCAUAUACUUGUAGUAGUCUUACUAAUGGUACUAGUGCAAAUGCUGGUGAAGGUUUUGGUACGUCGAAUCACUAUGCCGGUGGCACUUAUAACAUUAACCCAUGCACUACCAUUAACGUCUCAUCGCCAUCAGCCACAUCGGCAAUCGUACAACCACAUCAAAAGCAACAUAAGGCACAUACAAUCGUCUCGGCCAGCAUUAUCGGUGGUGUAACACAAUCACCAACCAAGUUAAGCCUCGCUGGACCCAUAACUGAUUUAUAGUUCUAGCUAACAACCACACAGCGGCGAGUUCGUGUCACGCAUUUCUGACCCAAAUUUGCAUUUGUGUGCUGGCGGUCUAAAAUGGGUCAAAUUGCAGAUGUAUCACGAGCUAGAGGUGCGAUGGAGGCAUUGCCGAGCAUUAAAUGCGAAAAAUACGAUACUCGAAAUACAAUUCUCGAAAAUACAGCCGAAUUUUCAAUCCGAUACGUUACGAUAUUUGCUUUUAUCAUUAUAUUUUAGUAUUUUUUUUACCACAUCUAAAUAUGUACAACAUAAUAUGUAUGUAAUUGUAAUUGUUAUUAACACUUGUUAACACAUUCGUUUUGCAUUUUAUAUAUAUUAGUGAGUGACUACCUACUUGUAAUCCCAAAUGCAACUCAUACGUACAUACAUAUAUUAUUUGAUCUGAAUAUUUUCGUAUUCGAAAAUCAUACAAAAUGCUUAACUUUACUUAGUGUAUCUACUAAAUUUAAUGUCUGUAGUUUGUUACUAAAAAUUUGUAUUUUCAAGGGUUAACCAAUAUUCUUAUGAACAGGGAACGGAUUUUUAGGACCUAAAUAUCUAUA